GGUGUGGUCCGGGGCGACGGGCUGCAUGACGGAGCACGAAAAAACGGUUCUAUUUCCUAGCAGCUUCGUGCUGUACGGUUCGCGCCUGCUCCCUUGGCUGUGUGUGUGUGCCGUGUACGCGCUCGCCUGUAUGUGUGCGGAACGGUGUGUCUGUGUUGAUCCGGUUUCAACAGGAGUAUCCUGCUGCCGACAGGAACAUCCGUCCGUCCGUCAGUCCGUGUCUUGCUCCUUUUUCUGCCUUCCUUCAAAUGCAACCGACUCUCUUCUGGCACCCCUCUCCGUCUCACAGAACUGAUUGCAUUUGUGCGCGGAAUGCAAUCGACGGCGCUAUUGUGCAACUGGAUGGUUCGAUUGUUUAUGGCGGAAGAAGGAAGUUUAGCUGUGUUUAGAAUACGCUUCAGUUGGAUCACCACGGAUUUGAUGCCCUGCAGGUGCAACGCCGAUAUCUUUGGGCCCUUGGGCACAGUGGUCAUUCCGUGGGUUGCGAAUGCCCAGGCGUCUAAUUGCGGGCGUCUGGACGAGAGAAAGAGAAAGAGAGCGAGCUGCUACAAAAAGGUGCGCACACACAACGCGACGAUCUACGGUCUCUGGGUUGGUGUGCAGCAGCGCAUCACGGUGGGAAAAGGACAGCGACCGUCGCCGGCGGCGGUGUCUUCUAGACGCAAGAAUGUGCGUACGUCUGGCAGCACCCCGGGACACCGUCCCUCCCCCGUCGGAAGGACCGAUGGAUGAUUCAAUCCCACGGUCGCACGCACUCCGCAUCGAAACAAGAUUUCCUGAGAAUCGGAGGAGGAAGCCUGUUUUGCCCUAUUUGUUGCUAGGAAGGCAAACCAGUGACAGCAGUAGCACUGGCCUCGGGACAGCACCCACCGAGUUCACCGAGCCAACCUGACGACUGUCUUUUGUCUCUUUCUCUCUCUCUCGCUCUCCCGAUGGGAUUGGCAGAUGCCAGGACGGGAUCCUUAAUUGAACAGCUGCCGAGGUUGCCCCUUUUCCUUUCCCGUGCAAUGCACACCUUUGAUGGGAGGAUUCGAAACGGCAUCGAUACUUUCCAUUGCCGACCGAGAGCACCAGUGGGGACAUGUUGGAAGAGUUAAUUUAAUGUAUUUUGCUUUUCGUUCUAGUUUCUUGCACAUUUCUGCUAUAAAGGAACACACGCUUACUGUGAUUCUUUCUUUAAGUGAACAACGUAUUUAGUUCGCUAAAUGUUUCGACCAGUUUAGUUCAGCAAUGAUCGUUUAUAACAUCGCAAUGGAUACCGUGGGUCUAGCGCCAAAAGCACGACACCAUACAGUAGUGGACUGCAGCCCCCACUAUCCCCUCCUGUUUCGAUGCCCCCCGCUCGCGCAAUGGUGGUGGUUCUGCCUCGUCGCUCCUCAUGCUGCUGAGCACGUUGUUCUAAAGUGGUGCUUGUUGUGUACGGCCAUCUCUAGGACCGGACUGUACUCGGUGUAUUUGUCACCACCGGCCAAAGAGAGAGAGAAAGAGAGAGGGAGAGAACGUUCGGUCGCCCGUAUCUGGAGACCGGAUCGGCGGCGAAGGGGAUGAGGUUGUGUCGAGGAUACGAUCGAACGCCCCUUAACUCCGCUAAACGGCUUGUUAAAUCAAUGUGUGCACACGAACAUGGCUGUUCGGUUUGUUUUUUACUUCCUCCAAGAAUCGCAGUGACAGUUAUCUUCUCGCAAGGCACGCCAGCGACCAGUAAACAGUCGAUCAGCCGGCUUCAGCACCCUUUUCACAGGGGAUUAUAGGACAGGCGACAGCAUUACUUUUACUCCUUCGCCAGUUUCUUAGGAAAAGGGAGAGAACGAAAGAGAGAGAGAGAGCGUACACCAUGUGGCGCUUUGUUGGGUGAUGAAACCUCACUUCUGGUUCUUGCGCUUCUUUGGCUUGUUAGCUUCAACGGGCCUGUACCCCGGGGGCCGGGGAAUAGGAAACAUGAUCGUUCUUGUAGGAGCUUCAUUUCCAUCGACCACCAUCAUCGGCAGAACAACACCACACCAUCAUUGGCCAGCAUUCCUGCCUCUCGCAAAGAGCAACGAUCGCCGACCAUCCACCAUCAACGCCUCGCACCACCACCAUCAUCGAUCAGUCCUCCCUCUCUCUCUGUAGUUGACUGAUCCUUCGGCAGGCACCUCUCCUGCCACCCCGUGCCUCGUCUAAUAACCUUGAGAAUCUGUUUCUCUUUCAUUUAUUAGUGGAAUUAAUUUCCUUAUAUUAAAUAGGCGAAAAGCGACGCAAAGCAGAACGUGCAACUACCUGCUCCCCACACACCAGUAACCGUCGUCGUCGUCGUCGUCGUCAUCGUCUUGGUCGCCGUCGUCGGCAAGAACACGAGAAGGAAUCGCAGAACAGAACGCAAACCGUGCCGGGCAGCAAAGCAAACUCUGAUUCCGCCGAGAACGACGACGUGAACCCCGUCGUCUGUGAGUGAGUCUGUGUGUCCAACGUGUUUGUGCCACCACACUGGAGUGAGAUAUUCGCGCACAAGAACCCGCCA